CGGCCGCCUAAACGUCCUGCGCUGGCUGCUCCUCGACGCCGGGAUGCCAGGCAUAGACCGCACUCAAGGAGGAGCUCUCGCCCUCCACUACGCCGCCGCCAGAGGAUGCCUCGAGUGCGUCAAGCUGCUGGUGGAGACGUCGCCCGAUUUCAGUGCCAACUCCCAGAUGGACAACAGCGUGACCCCCGUGUACCUGGCAGCUCAGGAGGGCCACCUGGACGUCUUGCAGUACCUGGUGGAGAGUGCCGGUGGCCGCCUCGAUCUCAGGGCCAAGGACGGCAUGGCACCCUUGCACGCGGCGGCGCAGAUGGGCUGCCUCAACUGCCUCAAGUGGAUGGUGACCGAACAAGGCGUGGACAUCAACCUGCGUGACGGAGACGGCGCGACGCCCCUGCACUUCGCCGCCUCCCGAGGACACGUGGAAACCGUCCGCUGGCUCCUGAAGAAGGGGGCCUCCGUGUCCCUCGACAAGUUCGGCAAGAGCCCUAUCAACGACGCCGCGGAUAACGACCACAUGGAGGUCCUCCAGCUCCUCGUCCAGCAUGGCACAGCGCCGGACUACGCCACGGACUCGGACUCGACGGACUCGGGCUCGCACCAUCACCACUGCACCUGCCACCAGAGCAGCCGCUCCAAGAGAAAGGGUUCCGAGUGCUCGUUAACCGGAUCGGAUUCCUGUACAUCUUCGUGCGAAAGUGACUGUCACAGCUCUGGCAACAGUUCAGACUCUGGCGUACAUCACGAACCAUUUUAUUUGCAUCCACCGACUGCAACAGAGAGUGAAAACAAACAAAAGAACCAGAAGAACUCCUUCUUCCUCAAUCCGCUUACAGAUCUAAAAGAAGCUUCUGAUAAAUACAGCAAAGAUAAAAUAGAGAAGGCAAAGUCUGGCGACAGCGGUGAUGAGAAGUCAAAGGAGCCAUUCUAUCUCCAUAAACCGGAGGCUGGAACUUACCAACCUAACCGUGUACAAGAGCUCUUUGGUACCAAGAGCGUGAGAAACAGCGUGAAGCAGAUCGAAAGUAAGAACCAAUCGGGAAAGAAAACCAAAUCCACAGAAAACGGAUCCCCCGGAGAACGCAGAGAAAAUGGUCACUCCAGCGGAUCCGUCAAAGAAAAUGGGAGUUUUAGCAGAAACUCUAUUAGACGAAGCGAGAAGAAGAAUGGACCGUUUGAGUAUUCUAAUGUAAACUCCGAUAAGAAGAAAGGAAAGGUUAACUAUGAAGACAGAAAAUUGCCCAAGAUACCAUCUUCAACAUCCCAAACUGUCACAUCCUCAUUUAAAGUGAAGGCCGACGUGCACAGCGGCGAUGACUCGGCCUCAGGAAGAAGGCAGCGGGGAGGCCGCACGACGCAAGCAGAGGCUCCAGGGCCUCGACGACCUCAUCGCUGGAGUCCCCCCACCAGACUACGACGUGCGAGGGGCGCCACUGCACGACGCAUCAGCACGACCUGACAGUUCGACGACGGCGGCAGCGGCUCCGCAGCGACCGCAGUCCGAGCAUCGUCGGGUCGCCGGCAGCUGCAGUCUACGCUGUCGAUGCCGCCGGCCGCGCCCCUCCUCCCGGCGCCCGCGAAGGAGCGCUCGCCCGUCACGCGCACCAACUCCGAGCCCCCGCCGCCCCCACCCCCGCCCAUGCCCUCCACCCCUUCGCCCAAGGCCUCGCCUUCGGCCUCGCACAAGACAACGGGAUCCUUCGGCAGGAGGGACAGCCCCUCGCACUCCAGCGCCUCCUCCCCCGCCCAGUCGCCACCGUCCUCCAAGCCCUCGUCGCCCAGGGCCGCCCACGACGCCCUGCGCGCCUCCGCCUACGACGAAGGGCCCAGCGAGGAGGGCGUGGUGAGGCCCUCCGAGUUCGUCAGGAGGAACUCGCAGAGGAGCGAGAACGGAUCCUUCAGAGGAGGCCACAGGAAACUCGAUAGGCCUACGUCUCUGCCCUUGGACGUCGCCGAGCACUACGGCAGGAUCCUGUCUGCUGGGAGGGACAGGGAGGCCCCUUCGGGCACGCAGGAGGACCCGGGAGUGUCGACGCAGCCCAACAGGUCCCCGGUCAUGAACGGGAAGACGCUGCCCUUCAUUCCCCCGCGGUUCCCCUCGCAGCCCUCGGGCUCAGGGCUCAUCAAGCCCUCGGAGUACCUGCGCUCCCUCGGGGACACGAGCGGCAACGGAAGCUCCAACGGGAAUGGCAUUUAUGGCACCAGCGGCCAACCAUAGAUAACCACAGUAGCGCCACGGUAUCGCCUCCCGUGUCCAUGCCCCCCGGCCCCCUCCCGGCUAUCCCAGAGGCCACAGAAGAGGAAGCUCCGACCAUGCUCCCGACCAUCAGCGUGACGGACCUCCAGAGCGUGCAGCUGCGGAAGACGGAGACGAAGGUAUCGAGAGCGAACAACGUGCCCCUGAAGGUGCCCUUGCCUUCCGAGCCGACCUUUACCUCUGCCAAGGAUGACGUCAUCGCCGAGCUGAAGAUGGGCGUCGACAUCACGGGAAUCAAGAAGAUGAAGUCGGAGCGAGCCAGGGAGGAAGAAAGGAACGGAGUCAUGGAGAAGGAGGAGCUCAAGAGGCAGUUCUCUGCUGUUAAUUUCGUUGAUCAGGUCCCCGACGUGGACAAUGCCGGCAACCGCAUCCCCGAGUGGAAGAGGCAGAUGCUGGCCCGAAAGGCGGCCGAGCGGGCCAAGAAAGAGGCGGAGGAGCAGCGCCUGCAGGAGGCCGAAGGAGAAGCGGCUGCAGGCCAUUCCGCUGUGGAAGAGGCAGCUGCUCAUGAGGCGCGAGGAUGAGAGCAAGCGCGAUCGACCAAUCACAGCACGCACGCAGUCCCCCGUCCGCAUCGCCCUUCACGUCAGACACUAAGAAUAUAGAAGGCAACCUGUACACCCCGAAGGUCGAGGAUGUGAAGAAGAUUCGAGUGGCCACCUCGCCGCUGGAUCU